AACCCCCGUCUCCUCCCUCCAAUUAAGCAACAUCACAUUCACCACCACACCAGCAUCCAUGAAACAGAGCAAAGCAGAGCAGAGAGCAAAGCGAAUGGAUCAUUAAGAGACGAUGAGAUGAGUGAGGAGGAGGCGCUGCAGUUGCCGCCGGGAAGAAUCCACCAUUAGCCGCCAGAUGCAGCAUGCACAUGGUUAGCAGCAUCAGCUGCUGCUGCUGCUGCUACCGGGAAAGGGAGGCAAGAAAGUGGAGGAGGAGGAAGAGAGGAAGGAAAUCGUCGUCGUCGUCGUCUUGGGGUGGUGAUUAGGGGUGGUCCGGCCAUGUCGGCAGCCGUGUGGAGGGGCCAUGGCAUUGGCAGUGGCAGCAGCAGCAACGUCACGCGGCAGAUCCUCAAGUGCACGAGGUGGCAGCUGGAGGAGACGACGGACUUCAUCACCUGCCCCUACCACUACUACUGCGACAGCGCCUACCCGGGCGACUACGCCGCCGCCGUCGGCGCGCUCGUCGCGGCCUUCGCCGUGUACUGCCUCCUCUCCGCCGCGGCGUUCGCCGUGCUGGACAUUGGCAGGGGCGGCGGCGGCGGCGGCGGCGGGCGGACGAGGAGGAAGUACAUGGUGCCGUCGGGUCCGUUCUUGCUGCCGUUGGUGCUCCUGGCCCUCGCCAAGGGGCAGCGGAUCAACGCCGUGUUCCCGCUCGCGCAGCUCGGCCCGGCAUUGCUGCUGACGCUGCAGGCGUCCGCGCUGGCGUUCCGGAACGAGGCCGACGGCGACCUCCGGUACGCGGUGCUGGAGGCGUCCACCGUGUCCGGGAUCCUGCACGCCAGCCUCUACCUCGACGCCGUCGUGCUGCCCUUCUACACCGGCACGGACGCGCUCCGCUGGUCGCGGUUCUCCGGCGAGUGCGCCACCUGCCUCUGUCGGAUGGAGCCGCUCGUCGUCGGCGGCCGGACGGUGCUCUACCGGGGCCUGUCCAAGACGGCGCUCGCCAUCAUCUUCGCUCUCUGCUCGCGGAUGGUGUGCCGGAUCUACGGCGAGGAGCGGCUCAGCGCGUGGACGCGGUCGGCGCUGGAGGCCGCCAGCUGGGUGUUCGUCGCCGGCGACGGCGUCUACCUCACCGGGUGGGCGCUCGCCGAGGGCGCCGCGGCGAGCGUCGCCGCGUACGCGCUCGUCGCCGGCCUGGUGUUCCUGUGUAUUUUUGGUAAAGUGUACAAGCUGUUGGCUUGGAUGGAAACGAGGCAGGUGCAGUGGAAACCAAACGUCAGUGGAUGCCACAAUGUGGUUUGAUAAUUAAUUUCUUUUUCUUUUUGGGUUUCUGGAGUUGUUUCUUUCUUUGAUUCACAGGAAAUUGUAAAGCAUAAUAACCCAUUAAUUCAGUUUUUUGUGUGUA